AGCUUGAUGGGAAAGAGACUUAUCAGGCAAUAGAUGAGGCGGGGGCCAUAAACUUUCUCCUUAACUUUCUUUUUCUUUUUAUAUAUAAUUUACAAGCCAUUUCAUUAUUCUCUCUUAACAAAGAAGAGACUGAAGAAGAAGAAAGAAGAAGAGAUUACAAGUGAGAAUGGAUGAUGUCCAAGAGAAGUUCUCAAGUUCUUGGAUGUGGAGUAGCCAUCAAUGGCUUCAAUGCACACUCUCUGAGCUUGAUCAAAACAUAGCAGUCAUAUCAAAACUGAUUCAAGAACAAGAUGGUCAUUCACUCGCCAAUGAUAAACUUGAUCUCAUGAAAACAAUAAAAGAGUUUGAGAAUUCUUUUCGCUUGUUAGUCAAAUUCUUCCAUCAGUUAUCGGCUCGAUCAUCAAUCAACCGACACUCUAUCGACUCCACUUCCAAGCUAUACUCUCCCAACUCGACGAUAGAAAACUUUACUUAUAAUAAAAAGAUUUCAAUCUCAAGCUCUGAUGCCAUGUUAGAUGACAUAGCAAUACUUGUGGAGGACAACCACAAACAUUUGAAGGAGUUAGCUACAAGAUAUGAAGAGAAGAGACAAGUGAAUAGAGAUUUAUGGAUUAGGGUUGAGAAGUUGAUGGAAGAGAAGCAUGAACUUAUGGAGGAGCACAACAAGUUAAUGCAUGAGAAUGAGACACUCCAUGAUGAACUCAAACGGUUGAAGAUUAAUGACAACAAGGAUUAUUUUUCUCACAAAGUUAUGAACAAGAAGAACACAAACAUUGGCUCUCACUUGUUUAAUUUGAAGACUAUCAUCCUUGGUGCAUUAUCUAGAGCUCAUUAAUUUAAUUAAGUUUGUCUUAGCUAGUGAAACUAAGUAAAGACCUCGUUGUUAUUGUAUUUUGCUAGCUGAAAAUAAAUUAAAUAAAUCCAAGUAUCUCUAGUUAUCAAUGUAUUAAAGGUUAUAUACCCUUUAUUGAUUCAUGUGAAAUGAGUGAGAGGUUGAAAAACAAGAAGGGGAAAACAGUGAGUAUGAUAGUGGGGGUCCUCCACCAUAAGUUGUC